AAUUGAUGCCAGUCUUGCACCUGGAAACUUCACCAUGGGAUCAAAGAGCCCCGAAGGCCACUGGCAGACUCCUGAUGCCUCCAACUCCCAGGAGCUCAAGCCUGCCAACCCAAACCCCAAGCCCUCUCAGAGUGGCUCGCAGUCGGCCGACCUGGACCGCGGAAUUGUCGAUGGCGAUGAUGAUGACGACGAAGCGAACGAAGAAACGGGGCUAAACCCCCCGGUUGCCAAUGCUGAAAAGAAAAAGAAACGAAAGAAAUCUAAGAAGAAGUCCAAAUCCGCAACUGCCCAUCCGAAGGAACAAUCCAACCCACCCCGCGUGCUGGUCUCGACUCUCUUCCCAUCCGGAUACCCCAUCGGAGAACUUGUGCCCUACGAGAAUCUCUCCCGCACUACCGACGAAGAGCUCCGCUACAACUCCCGUCUCUGGGACGACGAUUUCCUCACCGAUUACCGUCAAGCCGCGGAGAUCCAUCGGCAGGUGCGCCAGUAUGCUCAGAAGGAGCUCAUCAAGCCCGGAGCAAGUCUCACUGCGAUUGCGGAGGGUAUUGAGGAUGGGGUUCGCGCGUUGUCUGGCCACCAGGGCCUUCAACCCGGAGAUGGGUUCAAGGCGGGAAUGGGAUUUCCUACUGGUCUGUGCUUGAAUAACGUGGCGGCUCAUUGGACGCCGAAUCCGGGGGCAAAGGAUGUGAUUCUGAAUAAGAGUGACGUGCUUAAGGUGGAUUUUGGUGUCCAUGUCAAUGGCCGUAUUGUCGACUCGGCUUUCACCGUCGCAUUUGAUCAUACGUACGAUAAUUUGCUGGCGUCGGUGAAGGAUGCGACUAAUACGGGUAUCAAGCACGCUGGUAUCGACGCUAGGGUGAGUGAAAUCGGCGCUGCAAUCCAGGAAGUCAUGGAAAGUUAUGAAGUCGAAAUUGCCGGGAAGACUCGCCCUGUGAAAGCCAUCCGGAACAUCACAGGCCAUGAUAUUCUUCGGUACAAUAUCCACGGGGGCAAACAGGUCCCGUUCGUGAAGAACGACCGACCGGACAAGAUGGAAGAGGGAGAAGUCUUUGCCAUUGAGACUUUUGGAAGUACCGGCAAGGGAUUCCUUACUGAUGAUGUGGGAAUCUACGGCUACGGAAGAAACACCGACGUCUCCGGUGCUCACCUACGUCUUGCCUCUGCCAAGAGUCUCCUCAAGACUAUCGAUGAGAACUUUGGAAGCCUUGUCUUCUGUCGUCGGUAUCUUGAACGUCUUGGUGUGGAGAAAUAUCAUCUCGGAAUGAAAAAUCUGAUUGAUAAUGGAAUCGUCGAAUAUUAUGAGCCACUUGCUGAUGUCAAGGGUUCAUACACAGCUCAGUUUGAACAUACGAUCCUCCUCCACAGUGGUGGCAAAGAAAUCAUCAGUCCUGGUGACGACUAUUAACAUUGAUCUCUAUUCAAAGGUCUUGUUCGAAUGCGCCCACAUCACGGGCAGCGCCGUUCAUUCAAGGUUGUGAGCUCCACACCUUAGUUUCUGUUGGUCAAUCGUUGAUAUUGCCACGUCCAGUCAUUUCUGUCUCACUUCCAGUCUGUAGUAUGCAUCAGGCUGAAGACAAAUUACGUUCUUUUUAUUUCAGGGUACCCUCUUUCGGGUCGAAUUGGAGGUACAUGUACGCCAAUCGGCGCGCAUCUCUUCUCCAUAGGCUCUAACCCUGAAUGAAACAUCUUGAUGCAAAUUCAUACC